AUAAAGUAUAAAUGUACCCUUUCCCGUCCAACGCAGCAAAAAAAAAAAGUCUCCUCUGUCUCUUCCCCUUUGUUGUCCUUCUGAGCCUGGAAGCGAUGACCAUGACAGCAUUUCUCGCGAGACGUCUUGUCGGUAACCGAUCGAGCCAGAUUCUCGGGACUUGUGGUUCUAGCUCCGGUGCGCUCAUUUCCGCCACUAGGGCUUUCUCCUCCUUCACCACUCCGAUCAAAGCAACUCUCUUCCCUGGCGAUGGGAUCGGUCCCGAGAUCGCUGAAUCUGUCAAACAGGUGUUUACUGCCGCUGAUGUGGCCAUUGAAUGGGACGAGCACUAUGUGAGUACUGAAGUAGAUCCCAGAACCAACAGUUUCUUGACAUGGGAAAGUCUUCAAUCUGUGCGUCGGAACAAGGUUGGCUUGAAAGGACCAAUGGCAACGCCGAUUGGGAAGGGUCACCGUUCCUUGAACCUUACCCUUAGGAAAGAGCUGAAUCUGUACGCCAAUGUUCGUCCUUGCUACAGCCUCCCUGGGUACAAAACCCGUUACGAUGACGUUGAUCUCAUUACCAUCCGUGAAAACACGGAAGGAGAGUACAGUGGGCUUGAACACCAGGUCGUUAAAGGUGUGGUGGAAAGUAUUAAAAUUAUUACCCGUAAGGCGAGUAUGAGAGUUGCGGAGUAUGCUUUUCUCUAUGCCAAGACUCACGGAAGGAAGAAAGUUUCUGCAAUUCACAAAGCCAACAUUAUGCAGAAAACUGAUGGUCUAUUCCUGCAGUGCUGUGAUGAGGUUGCUGAGAAGUAUCCUGAGAUAUAUUACGAGAAGGUUGUUAUUGACAAUUGCUGUAUGAUGCUUGUGAAAAACCCAGCACUUUUUGAUGUCUUGGUGAUGCCAAACCUCUAUGGAGAUAUUAUCAGCGAUUUGUGUGCCGGGCUAGUUGGGGGACUAGGAUUGACUCCAAGUUGUAAUAUCGGGGAGGAUGGUAUUGCCCUUGCUGAAGCUGUUCACGGCUCUGCACCUGAUAUUGCUGGAAAGAACCUGGCGAACCCGACAGCUUUGCUUCUGAGCGGAGUGAUGAUGUUACGGCACCUGAAGCUCAACAAGCAAGCGGAGCAAAUACACAGCGCCAUCAUCAACACAAUAGCCGAGGGAAAGUAUAGAACCGCUGAUCUCGGAGUUCUUGCACAGCUAUUUACUUGUGCCUUGAGGGGUAAGAUUCAUAACACAGGGCGGAUAUACGGAUGUUUGAAGAAUCCAUCAACAGGUUUUGUUGACACAUCUGAAUCUCUUUCCUUUCAUCUUACCCUCUUCUCGAAAUCCUUCACGUCAUCAUCAUCCAUGGCUUCCUCUGAUUUCGAUGGAAUCCUUUUGGGAAUGGGAAACCCACUCCUCGACGUCUCUGCCGUCGUCGACCAAGAGUUUCUCAACAAAUACGACAUCAAGUUGAACAAUGCGAUUCUCGCAGAGGACAAACAUUUGCCCAUGUACGAUGAAAUGAGCAAGAAGUUCAAUGUCGAAUACAUUGCUGGAGGUGCUACUCAGAACUCAAUCAAAGUGGCCCAGUGGAUGCUUCAAAUCCCUGGGGCAACCAGUUACAUGGGAUCCAUUGGAAAGGACAAAUACGGAGAGGCAAUGAAGAAGGAUGCUACAGCAGCUGGUGUCAAUGUCCACUAUUACGAAGAUGAGUCAACACCUACAGGAACUUGCGGUGUCUGUGUUUUGGGUGGAGAAAGGUCUCUUAUCGCGAAUCUUUCUGCUGCAAAUUGCUACAAGGUUGAGCACUUAAAGAAGCCUGAGAACUGGGCUCUGGUUGAGAAGGCCAAGUUCUACUACAUUGCUGGGUUCUUCCUCACGGUAUCACCAGAAUCCAUUCAGUUGGUACGUGAACAUGCGGCUGCAAACAACAAGGUGUUCACGAUGAACCUCUCUGCUCCAUUCAUCUGUGAAUUCUUCAAAGACGUACAGGAGAAGUGUCUGCCGUACAUGGACUACGUGUUUGGCAAUGAGACCGAGGCAAGAACCUUCUCCAAGGUUCACGGCUGGGAGACCGAUGAUGUUGAGCAAAUAGCCAUCAAGAUCUCCCAGUUGCCGAAAGCCACCGGAACAUACAAGAGGACUACUGUGAUUACACAAGGCGCAGAUCCCGUGGUUGUCGCCGAGGAUGGAAAGGUGAAGAAGUACCCAGUCAUCCCUCUCCCCAAGGAGAAGCUCGUUGACACCAACGGUGCAGGUGAUGCGUUUGUGGGAGGGUUUCUUUCGCAGUUGGUGCACGGAAAGGCGAUCGAGGAGUGCGUGAGAGCGGGAUGCUACGCUUCAAACGUAGUGAUCCAGAGGUCUGGCUGCACUUACCCUGAGAAACCAGACUUGAACUAAAACUAAAAAGUCUCUAAAAUUAUCAUCCUUUUAGUUUUAUCCCCUAUUGAGAUUUUGGUGAUAUAUAUUAUAUGCGUCCCAAAUAAACAAACACCAUUAUUGUUUGCUUGUAUCUGCUUUUGAGGCUUUGAGUUAUUGAGUGUUAUUUUUGUUAUCAUCACCCCUUUUAAUCAGAAUCUUUAGUAGUUAAUAAUAAAAUAUAUAUUAUUAUUACUAUAAGAGUAUAUGAUAAAACAAAAUGUUCAUGGCU